GGGCGGGUGACCCGGCGUUGUUUGAAUGCGGGAAGCGACGCGACAGCUGCGCGUCUUUGUAACGAAGCGGGGGCUGAGAGAUGGAAUGGAGAGUCCUCAGUCGAGCAGAGAUGUGUGUGGCAGUGCGGGUGCCGGAGCUGGUGAUGAUCUGCACGAGACGGUUGUCAACCCAUUUGAGUUCCCGGGGUUUCUCGCUAAUCAUGCGCUCAGUCCAAAUACGUGCACCUUCAAAAUCAGCACUCCAUCAACCAACUCUGCAAAAAAGACACCGGCACGAUUUCGAUGGUCCAUAGACCAAAUGGCCAAUCUUAAACCAGCUGACAUCCAUCCUGAGGAAAUACAACGACAAGCUCUGUACCUAAGCACGGUCAGCUUGGAUCAAGAACUUGAAGAAAAAACCCAGCUGGAAAUUGAGCAGUUUUUCUCCAGAGGAACAAUCGUCCCAUCGCCAUGGACGCAGAGUGACAACAAACCGCCGGCACGCAAGCAAUACGCAAACUCACCCAUGGAUCCGCUGAAGGAGUCACCUACCGCAAAAUCCUCAACAAACCUUAGCAAAACAUGCGACGUGGCAUGCCAAACAUCAAUUUCCCUGCCAGUGGGGUUUGACCUGGAAGCGCUGUUGGCGGACUUUCGGCGCCGUGAGGACAGCGUUUGUAGUGAUGGCAGUGGACUCUCCUUGCGGAGGAAGCUCUUUGUGGACAAUUCAGAAGAAAACUCAUGCGACAGUUCAGCCCAGUCUGUCUACACCCCGCCGCACUUUCAAACAAACCGCUGGAGCUCCUCUCCAUCAGCUAUAGAGCAAACAAAGGAUCGUUCAUCUGAACAGGGGACUACACACAGCACGAAACAGCUUUCAUCGAGCCCCAUCCAGGCCAGCGACGCCCCACGGUGCGUGUGCACGCCAGACUCGCCUGGCGCUAGGAAUGGAGAGGCCUCCAGCCUCCCCUCUCCCAUUCGCAUCCACGAGGAAAUGGCAGCUGCUCUAUCUCCCUUUGAGGAGAAGUGGACUCACCAUCUCUCGCCAUCACCUACAAAUUCUCGCCUUGACAACCCCCACUGGAACGCUCCAAAUUCCCAAAUUGUCACCAAGUACCCUUCUUUACGAAAACCAGAAUGGACCAGUCCAGAACCUCUCCAGCAGACACAACAGUGGGACAGUCCAUCUUCGCCACGCUCACAGUCUCCUCCUCAUGCCACUGCGGCAUGUCCUCAGAUGUUGGAAAUUAUCUCGCCUAUUGCUUCAGUAAAAUUGCAAAAAUUGUCGAGUGAGCAUGUCACUGAUGAUGCCGGGGACAAUGAAGCUCACGGGCUUAAAGAUUUGAGCUUUUCAACAAUAAAUGUUCACAAGAGCAAUGGAGAUCCAUUCUCUUCCCAGAAGUACGCGUGUGCGGAUUUCUCUCAAGGAAACAGAACUGUAAAUGUGCAAGAAGCUGAAUUCAGCAUAGAAGCACAACUGACCGGAGAGCUGAAGUUGCCUGAAAUAAUGAGCAGCACGUACAACGCCGGGACACACUUACUGGAUGUUGCUUCCAACGCUUCCGGAGCACGCUUUGAAAACGAACCGGAACUAAAAAAAAAAGUAAAAUCUUGUCCGCUGACUGAAACCGAUGACUUGGGCUGCAAUGGAGGACGUUGUAACGAUGGCAGGGCUCCACUGCUGUGGGAUUUGAGCACCCGGAAAAGGUUGUGCGACGAUGAUGACGAUGCUUUUGGCGUCCCCAUGGAGGUGACCGGAGCGGACGACUGGCCACCACCUCCGAGUGCCGCCAGGGCGCUUGUGCUCCUCCAACCCCAGGCUGAGAGCAGUUGUCUUCCCAACGAGGUUGACAGUGGAUACUCUACCUACCACAUGACUGAGGAGGAGAUUAAAGUCAAGGAUGUGUCCAACAUGGAAGUGGACCUGUGCUGCGCGUGUGCCACUGCGGACGGCAAGAGCAAUCCAUGCCACUGACUGCACCGGAUGCCUCGGCUACAGCACGAUGCAAUCCCCAUCAAGAUGGGCCAUCAACGUUUUGCCUCGACUACUUGAUUAUGGUGUUAUGAAAUCCUGAACUUGAACACGAAUCGUUUAUUUGUAUAAAACCACUCGCUCACUCCUGAUUAUUACUGCACGAGUGAAAUAUAUUGUUGAUUUUAAGUUUAUUUUAAAACAAUAAACAUUCAUUUUAAGUAACUGACCAACUUGCCCAGAUUUUAAUUAAGUGUAUGAAUAGGCACGGUUCGUUAAUCUAUAGUUAAUGUGUUUUACUGUGGUCUCAUGUUCGUUGUAUUUACGGUCCUGUGUGUAUAGGUGCGAGGUUUAAGAUAUAUAGAUUUCCCUCGCUUCAUGCUGGUUCGGUUUGUGUGAUUGCACUUAUUUGCGGCUUGAAUCCACUCUUAUGUCGCUGUGCGGUCGGACGUGGAACAAAACUGUACCGUGUGUACUGUGUCUACCAUGUAUACUGUGUGUGUACUGUGUGUGUGUACCAUGUAUACUGUGUGUGUGUGUGUGUGUACCGUGUAUACUGUGUGUGUGUGGUCUGUGUGUGGUGUGUACCGUGUAUACUGUGUGUGUGUACCAUGUGUACUGUGUGUGUGUACCAUGUAUACUGUGUGUGUGAGUACUGUGUGUGUACCGUGUGUGUGUGUGUACCGUGUAUACUGUGUGUACCGUGUGUACUGUGUGUGUACCGUGUGUACCGUGUGUACUGUGUGUGAGUACCGUGUGUACUGUGUGUGUGUGUACCAUGUAUACUGUGUGUGUGUGUACCGUGUAUACUGUGUGUGUGUGUGUACCAUGUAUACUGUGUGUGUGUGUACCAUGUAUACUGUGUGUGUGUACUGUGUGUGUGUACCAUGUAUACUGUGUGUGUGUACCGUGUAUACUGUGUGUGUGUACCGUGUAUACUGUGUGUGUGUGUGAGUACCAUGUGUACUGUGUGUGUGUGUGUACCGUGUAUACUGUGUGUGUGUACUGUGUAUACUGUGUGUGUACUGUGUGUAUACUGUGCGUGUGUGUGCCGUGUGUACUGUGUGUACCAUGUAUACUGUGUGUGUGUACUAUGUAUACUGUGUGUAUACUGUGCGUGUGUGUGCCGUGUAUAUUGUGUGUGUGUACCGUGUGUACUGUGUGUGUGUACCGUGUGUGUGUGUGUGUACCAUGUGUACUGUGUGCACGACUCGGAAGGCAGCUGUCUCGUGCGGUUUCGCUUUGUGCACGCUUUUUUGAAAUCCAUCUCCCGCAUAAAGCGAAGUAAACCUGUA